AUGAGUAUAAGUGCUAUGAGUAUAUGUGCUAUGAGUAUAAGUGCUGAAAGUAUAAGUGCUAUGAGUAUAAGUGCUAUGAGUAUAAGUGCUAUGAGUAUAAGUGCUGAAAGUGUAAGUGCUAUGAGUAUAAGUGCUGAAAGUAUAAGUGCUAUGAGUAUAAGUGCUAUGAGUAUAUGUGCUAUGAGUAUAAGUGCUGAAAGUAUAAGUGCUAUGAGUAUAAGUGCUAUGAGUAUAAGUGCUAUGAGUAUAAGUGCUGAAAGUGUAAGUGCUAUGAGUAUAUGUGCUAUGAGUAUAAGUGCUAUGAGUAUAAGUGCUAUGAGUAUAAGUGCUAUAAGUAUAUGUGCUAUGAGUAUAAGUGCUAUGAGUAUAAGUGCUAUGAGUAUAAGUGCUGAAAGUGUAAGUGCUAUAAGUAUAUGUGCUAUGAGUAUAAGUGCUAUGAGUAUAAGUGCUAUGAGUAUAAGUGCUAUAAGUAUAUGUGCUAUGAGUAUAAGUGCUAUGAGUAUAAGUGCUAUGAGUAUAAGUGCUAUAAGUAUAUGUGCUAUGAGUAUAAGUGCUAUGAGUAUAAGUGCUAUGAGUAUAAGUGCUAUAAGUAUAUGUGCUAUGAGUAUAAGUGCUAUAAGUAUAUGUGCUAUGAGUAUAAGUGCUAUAAGUAUAUGUGCUAUGAGUAUAAGUGCUAUGAGUAUAAGUGCUAUAAGUAUAAGUGCUAUGAGUAUAAGUGCUAUAAGUAUAUGUGCUAUGAGUAUAAGUGCUGAAAGUGUAAGUGCUAUAAGUGCAAGUGUUAGAAGUCCCCAGGUUCAGCCAGUACCAGUUCCUGUAGCUACACCCACCGCUCAGUCGGUACCAGCACCGACCCAGCAUGUGACACCCGCACCACCCAUGGUGCAGACAGCUAUGUUUGAACAGGAGAGCAGCAGUGCUAUGGUCAGUGCAG